AUGCCUGUGAUUGAUAUUAUCUUCAGAGUCGAUGAGAUUUGCAAAAAGUACGACAAGUACGACGUCGACAAGCACCGCGAGCUUGGCGCUUCCGGCGACGAUGCCUUCUCUCGCCUCUUCACCUCCGUUGAUUCCGAUAUCGAAGCUGUUAUCCGUAAAGCGGAGUUGGCUUCAACGGAGAACAACAGAGCUGCAGCGGUUGCCAUGAAUGCUGAGGUUCGAAGGACAAAAGCGCGUUUAGCUGAAGAUGUUGUUAAGCUACAGAAGCUAGCCGUCAAGAAGGUGAAAGGGCUUACAAAAGAGGAACGACAGUCCCGCUGCGAUCUAGUUAUCGCACUAGCCGAUAGGAUUCAAGCCAUACCUGACGGGAAUGAACAUGGAGGAGCAAAACAAGUUAAUAAUGAUUGGGGAGGUGCUUCUGCACCCAACAAGAACAUCAAGUUUGAUAUAUCUGAGGAAGACAUGGAUGAUGGGUUUUUCCAACAAACUGAAGAAUCCAGCCAGUUUCGACAAGAAUAUGAGAUGAGAAGAAAGAAACAGGACGAGGGUCUUGAUGUCAUAUCAGAAGGGUUGGACGCUCUGAAGAACUUAGCGCGUGACAUGAACGAGGAACUUGACAAGCAAGUCCCAUUGAUGGACGAAAUGGAAACAAAGGUUGAUGGAGCAACUUCGGAUUUGAAGAACACUAAUGUUCGGCUUAAGAAACAGCUUGUGCAGGUCAAAUCUAAAACAGAAACUGUUUCUUGA